AUGGCUAACAUGCAGGACUCAGAAAUCUUCGUCGGCUCGAUCGACCAGGGCACAACCAGCACUCGAUUCCUCAUCUUCAAUCGAGAUGGAGAACCCGUUGCCUCCCAUCAAGUCGAGUUCACUCAGAUCUAUCCUCAUCCAGGCUGGCAUGAACACAAUCCCCUCGAGCUCGUCUCCUCCGUCGAAGCUUGUAUCGACCAUGCAGUCCAUGACUUCGAAGCACAAGGCUACUCACGGUCCAGCAUACACUGCGUCGGAAUCACAAAUCAACGAGAAACUACCGUCGUUUGGGACCACGAGACCGGCGAGCCUCUUCAUAAUGCGAUUGUUUGGACAGACACUCGAUCUCAGGCAAUCGUGAACGAGCUGAAACAGAGAUCCAACUCGUCCGAAUUACAAGCCAUCUGCGGUCUACCGCUCUCCACCUACUCUUCGGCCACGAAGCUGCUAUGGAUGCUGGCGCACGUUCCCAAGGUGAAAGAAGCCUUCGAUCGAGGCACCCUUGCGUUUGGUACCGUCGACUCUUGGCUUGUCUACCGUUUGAACGGUGUCAGUGCCAACUAUUUUGUCUCGGAUUCGACAAACGCUUCCCGUACCAUGUUCAUGAAUCUUCACACUCUGCGGUAUGAUGAUUUCCUGCUCGAUUUCUUCGGCAUUAAGGGCAAAAUUCAUCUUCCUACCAUUGUCCCUUCAUCUGACUCGUCUGCCUACGGCUGGUUGGCGUCCGGUGCUUUGGAGGGCGUUGCUAUCAUGGGAUGUCUCGGUGAUCAGUCAUCUGCGUUGGUUGGGCAGAAAGGGUUCUCUCCCGGUAUGGCGAAGAACACCUAUGGUACUGGUUGUUUCCUGCUUUACAACGUCGGCGAUAAACCCGUCAUCUCGACACAUGGAUUGCUGGCAACUGUAGCGUACAACUUUGGAGGGAAAGCGGUUUAUGCGUUAGAAGGAAGCAUUGCAGUCGCCGGGUCUGGGGUGAAGUUCUUGCAAAACAAUUUGACUUUCUUCCAGGAUUCCAGGGAGGUCAAUGACCUUGCACUAUCGGUUGAAAAUAAUGGUGGCUGUGUUUUUGUCACAGCUUUCAGUGGACUUUUCGCCCCAUAUUGGAUUGACGAUGCGAAGGGAACAAUCUUCGGUAUCACCCAGUACACACAAAAAGGCCACAUUGCCCGCGCAACACUUGAAGCCACUUGCUUCCAAACAAAGGCUAUCCUUGACGCCAUGGAAAAGGACAGUGGAAAGGCACUCUCGGAGCUCGCCGUGGAUGGAGGAAUGAGCAACUCCGAUUUGACUAUGCAGACUCAAGCAGAUCUAAUCUCUAUCCCUGUGUACCGUCCAAAAAUGCGCGAAACCACCGCUCUAGGCGCCGCGAUUGCAGCAGGUCUCGCUAUUGGCGUAUGGCGUAAUUUCGCCGAGCUACGAGAUAUCAACCGAGGAGGCGGCGCGGUGUUCGAACCGCAGAUCACGCGUGAGGAGGGCACAGUUAAGUUUGCAGAAUGGGAGAAGGCUGUCCAAAUGAGCCGUGGCUGGAUUGAGACGGAGAAGACAGCAGAAACAUCGAAUAGCAACUCGUCAGAGCCAAAGUUCAACGGAACACCAAUUCCACUAGCGGAUUGCAAUUUCUCAUCGCCAAAGCCACCUUCUACGCAAAAUACAUCUCUGUUGAUCUCAGAUAUUGUUUCUGAGGCCUGCGCCAACACCACAAUAAAGGUCAAGGCACAGAAAACCAAGGGGAACCUUGAAUUAGCGCCUUCAAUUGCAUCGAUCAUCGGUGUAUCGACUGACCUCGAUGAUGCGGAUGAGGAAGAUCUAUUUCUAGAGUUGAGAAAAGUGGAGAUCUUGCAAAAGUUAAAGAGACUCCGGAAACUCAAGCUUGGUUACUUCUAG